AUGGAAGUUGAUGGUGAAGUUGAAGUAGAAGCUGAUUUGACAACUUCAGCGUCUACAACAGUUUUAACAACUACGACUACCACAAGUGGCAGCCAUUCAUCCAUACCAGUUCGAGUUAUUUUACCGACCUCAUAUCAAUUCGUUAUAAGCCAAGAAGAUGCCAACCGUUUAUUGGAAAUGCGACGUGUAUUUUAUCAAAAAGAAAAUGAACGAAAAUUAUCUAAAUUAGGUCUUCCAGUAUUAGUUGAUCAUGAUGGACUUUUAUCGACAACGACAUCAACCAUUGACGAUAGUGCGAAUUCUAACGCAGUAUCUUCUUCAACCGGGAAGCUUAUUCGACGUCGUGAUAUGGAAUGGCUUUCAAUCGUAUUACCAUUUGUUAAAAAAUAUAAUCCACAUUGUGGCGUAUGUGCAUCAAGUAAAAAUUAUGGCCGACGUUUAGAUACAGCAAAUAGUUAUUUAUUACGGUCCUAUUUCUAUUGUCAAGGUCGUGAUUGUCCAUUUAAUUGUACCGUUACAAUAAAAGAAAACGGUAAAGCAUUAUUAUGUUCACGUUUUUCGAAUGGUAAUAUUGUUGAUCAUCGAAAUGCCAAACGUGUCGCACGACCAAAUCGUUCUUUAAAUAAAUCAAACAUACGCAAUACGAGUAAUAAUAAUAAUAAUGAUAAUAAUAAUGAUAAUAAUAAUAAUAAUAAUAACGAAAUGCGUUCUGAUAAUUCAACAAAACGUUAUCGUAAAUCACCAAAUUCAAAUCCAAUAUCAAAUCAAUGGAAUCAAACAUUUACCGAUGAAUUAACAGCAAAUUUUAAUACGAGUGAUUUAAAUUUAACAGAUACUGAUUUCGAAGAAACAUUACGUUUAUCAUCAACAAAACGUUUUAUUAAUAUGUGUUGUAAUCUUGUUCAAUUAGCAACAAAUCUACGUCAAGAAAUUGAUCCAACUGGCCUAUUGCCAGGUGCAUUACAACAUGUUUCAUUAAGUCCAUUUCACAUUGCUGUUCAUACGGAAAAUUCACUACGAUAUUAUCAUUCAGCGUUAACGAAAAAAACACUUGAUAAACCGCCUCCACUUCUAUAUAUUAAACCAACCGCUACCUGUAUUCAGCAAAAUAAUACAAUUAAUACAGCUAGUCAAAUAAUUAUUCUCAAUCAUGAUAUUAUUUAUCAUCCAGCUCGAACAAAUUCGUCCUUAACUACUCCAACAAGAAUCACUGCAUCGACCUGUAUACCUCAACAUCAUAUUGCCUAUAUGUUUAUCGAUAGUAUUGAACAUGAUGAUAAAAAAUUAUUUUAUUGUGAAUUUAUGUUGAGUAAUCUCGAUGAUUCAUCAUUCAUUCCAAUAAGUUUUUCUUACACAGAAAAUGCCGAUGAUACUGUUGCUCAAAAUUACGUCCUGAAAUCAUGGUUAGAACGUUUUCGUUUUGAUCAUGAACAUUUAUAUAAAUCUUCAUUACCAUCGUUAUCAAAAAAUUAUUUUUUUCCACAACCAUUACUGAUCCUAGUCGAUGAUCAUCGGGAAACACCAUUGAAUAAUUGUUGUCUACAAUUUUUUAAUAAUGAAACAUUUAAACAAUAUACUAUGCGAACAUAUUUACUUGUUUCAUCGAAAAUAGAAUAUCCUGCCCAACAAGAAUCCACGAAUCGAAUUGUUCUUUAUGUUAGUUCUUCUUUAAUUGUAUAUGAUUUUCGUACACUUGUGAAUAAAUAUGUUUCAAAUGAACUUCGUCAGCUAGCACUAUGGUCAAGUCUUUUGUUAUUAUAUACUCAAACAUGGCGUGAAGUUAGACAAAAUUGGUCAUUAAUAUGUGAAAUAUUUCUUAAUUGGGGAACCAAUUUUGUUUCAUUAAAAGCAUAUGAAGAAUUAUGCGCCAAAGUAGCAAAAAUUGAAAAUGAUCCUGAUAUCACACAUCUGAUGGAUCUUAUCUAUAGUAGUACAAAUACGAUAAACCAUGAUGAACAACAAGACGAACAAGAUAACGAUGAUAAUAAUGAGGAUAAAAUAAGUGAUGGUGUGGUUGAUCUAUCAGAUUUUCAAAAUGAUCAUAUUUAUACAAAAAAUAUGAUCACCAAUGAAACAAAUCGUUAUGUAUCGCCCUAUGAAAACGAUCUACGACGAAUAUUUAACGAAAAGAAUAAAUCUAAAACAGCUUUAAUAUCUUCGUGGGACACAUUAUCAAUAUCAGAUCGAACAAUAUUAAGAAAAAUUAAAGGCAACUGGAAAUGGCUACAUCUAUUACUCAAAGAUUAUAUACCAUCCAUACCACUUUGGUCAAAUUUAAUACAUUCCAUAUCGAAUAAUGUUAAACAUGUUCGCCUGAACAAACGUAUAACAAGGCUAAUGAUUAGUAAAGAUAAACGAAUCAAUCAAAUAAAACGUAUUCAAUUAGCUGAACGUGUUCAUAGGAAAACUGACCUUGUUAUCAGCAGUUUAGCAAAAGAUUUAAAUUCACAAGUAGCUAAUGCUGAUUUAAAACAAUAG